AUGAUAAGAGAUGCAACAAAACCUCAUCAGUGGCUUUACAUUGAAUCUGCCAGCAACCCAGCCGAUCACACCUCGCCUGGACUACGUGCAUCUGAAGUUAAUGAUUCUUCAUGGUUGACCGGUCCUCCAUUACUAUGGCAACCCAUCAUCGAAAGCAGAGGUGUUGAAACAGAGUUGCAACUUGGAGACCCUGAAGUAAGAUCUGCAAGAUCUCUAUGUACCAAAACAAAGGCUCAUUCUAGUAUCCUUGACAUUCUGUCUCGAUUCUCAUCUUGGACCAAAAUGAUAUCCUUCAUUGCCAGAAUGCAGAGACUUUCUAAUGGUGUCAAGGGAACCUAUCCACCAAAUCCGAAUGAAAGACUUCAAGCAGAACAAACUAUCAUCAAGCACAUUCAACAUGAAACCUUUCAAGACGCUAUCAGCGCUCUCGAGAAAUCUGAAGGGCUACCAAGGUCGAACUCCCUUAAACUCCUAGAACCAAUUCUACAAGAUGGGAUACUUCGAGUCGGAGGCCGACUGAGGAAGGCAACCUUGUCUGUUGCUUACAUGAACCCAAUAAUCUUACCCAGAAAUGGUCAUAUCACGCACUUGAUUCUCUCACAUGCUCACAAGGAAACCUUUCAUCAAGGAAGAGGAAUUACCUUGAACAAGCUCCGGUCUCUUGGUUAUUGGAUUGUAGGAGGAAGUAAGACGGUAGCCAGCUACAUACGUCAGUGCGUUAUAUGCAGGAAGUUGAGACGACCGACAGAGACACAGAGAAUGGCAGACUUGCCCAAGGAUCGUAUGGAACCAUCUCCGCCUUUCACAUACUGCGGUAUGGACUGUUUCGGCCCAUUUAUUGUGAAACAGGGACGGAAGGAAAUAAAACGAUAUGGGUUACUAUUUACCUGCAUGUGUUCUCGUGCUAUCCAUACUGAGAUGUUAGAUGACAUGUCUACAGACGCCUUUAUCAAUGGUUUGCGCUGUUUUAUCGCCAUUAGAGGAACCGUGCAACAGUUGCGCGCAGAUCAAGGAACCAACUUCAUUGGAGCUAAGAAUGAGUUCCAGAAAGCACUUAACAAGGAAAGAAUAUGUUCAUUCUUGGCAGAGAAACACUGUGAAUUCAUGUUUAACGCGCCCAGUGCUAGUCAUACAGGAGCAAUGUCUAUUGUAAACGGUCGCCCACUAACGGUCAGUGAGAUAGACAACCCAGACUCACUGGAGCCGCUUACUCCGAACCACAUCUUAGCUGGGAAGACCAUUUCUCCCCUUCCCCCUCCUGGAGAGUUCGUGAAGGAAGACAUGUAUGUCCGUAAACGUUGGAGACGUGUACAGUACCUUAUGGAACAAUUUUGGUCCCGUUGGAGACAUGAGUACCUGGCUCAGAUCACCUUACGACAGAAGUGGCAUGGAGUUCGUCGGAACAUCAAGGAAGGGGACAUUGUUCUGGUGAAGGACGUUGACCUGCCACGCAACCAAUGGCCUCUCGGUAGAGUUGUUGAAGCCAACCCAGAUGAUGAUGGUCUUGUACGGAGAGUCAAGGUGAAAAUGCAGUCUGGAGUUCUGGAGAGAACAGUUCAUAAGCUUGUGCUACUCAUUGCAAAUUAA